AUGGGUUACGUACAAGAACCCAUUGCCCCUGAAGAUCAAGAUAAAACCACUUUUACCUGUCCUUUUGAAACUUUUCAGAGAUGUAUAAUGAGCAUAUUUUCUGAUUUGAUUGAACAAGAUAUGGAAGUGUUUAUGGAUGACUUUACUGUUUUUGGUGAUUCAUUUGAUAGAUGUCUUCAUGCUUUAACUCGUGUUCUGAAGAGAUGUGUUGAAACUAACCUUGUUUUGAAUUUUGAAAAGUGUCAUUUCAUGGAAGAACAAGGUGUGGUUCUUGGUCAUAUUGUAAGCGCUAAAGGUUUAGAGGUAGAUAAAGCUAAAAUUGAGAAAGCUUUUGAUGAUUUAAAAGCCCAGCUGACAAGUGCUCCUGUAAUUAGACCUCCUAAUUGGUCGUUACCUUUUGAAAUAAUGUGCGAUGCUAGUGAUAAAACCAUAGGAGCUGUUUUAGGUCAAAAGAAGGGUAAAGAGUCUUAUGUGAUACAUUAUGCUUCAAAAUCACUUGAUCCUACCCAAUGCAAUUACACUGUGACCGAAAAAGAAAUGUAUACUGUGAUAUUUGCUUUGGAAAAGUUUAGAUCUUAUUUGCUUGGUACUCAUGUGAUUGUUUAUUCUGAUCAUACGGCUCUUAAAUACUUAAUAAAGAAGAGUAACUCAGCACCUAAGUUGCUUAGGUGGAUGCUUCAAUUACAAGAGUUUGAUCUAGAAAUUAGGGAUAAAAAAGGUGUUGAAAAUCAAGUUGCUGACCAUUUGAGUAGGAUUGUCCCUAGAGAAGAUUGGCCUAUGAUAAGUGAUUUCUUCCUCGAUGAACAAUUGCUUUCUUUAUAUCAUGUUAAAACUCCUUGUCUUGAAAGUGGAGGACACUUUGGUCCUCAAAGGACUGCUCAUAAAGUCUUAGAAUGUGAGGGGAAAGCUGUAAUAACCGAUGAUGCUAAAACGGUUGUUAAGUUUGUUAAGAGUCAUAUAUAUAAUAGAUUUGGCAUGCCUAAGGCCAUCAUUAGUGACAGAGGAACCCAUUUUUGCAAUAAAACGUUUGGUGCCCUUCUUGAAAAAUACCACGUGACUCACAGAGUAUCCACUGCAUACCACCCCCAAAUUAGUGGACAGGUUGAAUUGUUGAAUAAGGAGAUAAAGGGAAUGUCUCCAUUUAGACUUGUUUUUGGAAAAGCGUGUCAUUUACCUGUGGAAAUCGAGCAUAAGUCUCAUUGGGAAGUGAAGCAAUGUAAUUUAGACCAUGACCUUGCUGGAAAAGAAAGGAAAUUACAGUUACUUGAGUUGGAAGAAUUGAGGUUAGAGGCAUAUGAAAAUGCCAAAAUCUAUAAAGACAAGACCAAAGCCUUCCAUGAUAAAAACAUAGCUAGGAAAUCAUUUCAGGUUGGAAAGAAAGUUCUUUUAUUAUUUAAUGCUCGCUUGAAAUUAUUUCCAGGAAAAUUACAAACUAGAUGGCUUGGCCCCUUUGUUGUUACUAAUGUUUUUCCUCAUGGUGCAGUUGAAAUCAAAGAUUUCAAUACUAACAAAACUUUCAAGGUUAUUGGUUAUAGGUUAAAACCAUUCUAUGAUCAAGCUUAUGUGACCAUGAUUGAAGACAUUUUAUUUGAACAAGCAUGA